AUGGCCGUCAGCAACAUUGUGUGCGAGUGGCUGCGGGCCCUCGGGCUGGGCCAGUACGCCGAGAGCUUCCUCGACAAUGGCUACGACGAUCUGGAGAUCUGCAAGCAGGUCGGCGAUCCGGACCUGGACGCGAUCGGCGUCCAGAACCCGGCGCACCGCAGCAAGCUGCUCAAGAGCGUGCGGCUGCUGCGCGAGAAGGGCGCCGCCAGCGUGUACUUCCAGCUGAACGACCCGAAGUCGCUGCUGUCGGACAACAGUGACAGCCUGGAGCGGGACAGUUCGCCGCUGAUGCUGAGCGAGCUGGAGGCGCUGCUGCAGGAUCAGCUGAAGGCCGACGGCGUCUGCCUGACGGCGCAUCCCUACUCGACACCGGAUGCCGGCCGAGGACAUCUGGAGGGGCUGGCGUCGGUGUACUGCGAGCUGCUGAUGGCCCCGUUCGGUGAGGUCCUUGCGGCACUGGAGGAAGCACGCCAGCGGGCCUGGUCGGAACGGAGCCCCCACAGCUCGUCCGGUGGCGGCGGUGGUGGGCUUAUCCGCGGCCACCGGGGAAGCUCCUGCCACGGAGGCCUACCCAACAGUCACAGCCAGCCGAUCUACGUGCCCGGCAAGUACUCGCCCUCCAGCUGUUUGUCCGACAAGGAGGAGGACGAAAUUUAUGGAUUCGGCUACGGAGUGUUCGCUCCCAGGGUGGCCCGAACGACCCUCCAAUCACAUCAACAGCUACAGCAGCAGCAACAACAGCAGCAGCAGCAGCAACAGCCACAGCAGCUCCAUCCACAGCAACAGCAGCCCCAACAAUCAACAAAUUCCACCAACGUACCUGCCAACAGUGCGGCAGCACAGCCAAGCUGUCUCAGCCCACGUUCAGCAUACUUCUACGAAUUUCCACCAACGGACGGUCGGGAGACGAGCAAAAAGCGGACAACCCUGGCGAGGCUCCUGAGAGGAUUAAAGACUGUUAAUAGGCGUGAUAGAUCGAAUCAAAAUACCAGCGGCGGCACUGCGACCCAGUCCAGGUCACAAAACGAAAGACUGAGACAGUUUCAAAUGAAUGGCGGUGGACCGCAGCCAAGUUUCGAGGAAACCAUUCAGAGGCUAAAAAUACAGGAAGCGCUGCGGAAGAAGGAAAAAUUUCAACGCGAACACGAAGAGAUACUUCGAGACAUACGGCAGGGUCUGCUACAGCUCAGCAGGGACUCUCGAGACGACACGUACAUGUACGACGAUGCGGUCACCGGAGUGCUGCGUAUGCCGCACCAGGGCCACUGGUACGACGAGCCACCGUACGAGAGCGAUCCGGACGACUUUCUGAUGUCGGGCAUGCGGCAGAUCGGUGCCGGGUACGCCGGCGACGGUGGCGGAGGACCUAGUGCAACGAUACAGGGUGGUCGCGUAUGCUACAGUUCAAAUGGGCGCGAAGGCCAGAGUGUGAUAUCGUUGCGGUCCGCGGGUGAUAUUUCGAUACCGCAGCGAGGUCCGCGCCGAGGACUGAUCGUACCGCAGCAACCACCUAACCCACCGACCAUCAUCCCGCUGAAGCACGCCCGAUCGCACGAUCGGGAAAGUGGCGAUUAUGCCGGCUCGAUAUCGGAUCUGCAUAGCGUUACCUCCCGGUUGAGUCAGGUGUCGAUUGGGACGAAUAAUUGCACCGCCCGCUAUCGAACGCUCAGUGCCGGUCUGGGCGACGAGUCGCCCUCACCGUCCCCGACGCCAUCGUCCGAGUACGACGACAUCCUGCAGGCGAACGCACUGCAGCUACAGAAGCAUCUGCACCAUCAGCAGCAGCUGAAGCUGGGCGACGCACAGUCGUCGGCCGGCGGCGGUGUGGGGCCGUCCGGACACGGCAGUGCGACAUCCGCCGUGGCGUCCGGUAGCAUGGCGGGACACGCAUCCGGCGCCAUGCUGCUGGCGGCGAGCGGAACCCUAAGUGGUAAUGGCGUCGGUGGUAGCAUGACACUUGCAUCCGGCGGCGCAUCCGGCGGCAAUCUGCCAGCGAGCCUCGUCAACGCAGCAGGAGGAGCGGGCAGCUUCCCGACGGACAUAAGCAGUGGUACUACGAGCACGAGCAACACCACCAACAGUAGCAGCAGCGCCAGCAGCAACAACAGCACCAGUACAAAGAACACAGUCAACAAUCUCAAAAGCCUGAAGGCUGCCAAAAAUCGAAACAAUCUCACAUCGUCGCUGACGGCGGCCUCGGCCGUCGGCGCUGCGACCUCGCACAACAGUAAAAAUUUUAGCAUAAGCCAACAAAUAGCUUUAGUACAUCACCCAAACGACGCUCGUACAUCACCAAAGGAUCACCUGCUGUACGGUGGCAAGGACCGUAGCAAUCGUGACUACAGUAACUGUUUAGAUAGCAUCAGUGAUCAAACUUUCCAACAUUCGGCCAGUUCGGUCGAAAGCCUACCGAGCGCUUCCGGUUCGAGCACACAGGCCCUGGUGCGUCCCGGCAGUCCGCACAGUUCCCUGUCGGCCGAAGAUCGCGCCACGAUGAUACCGAUCUGCAGGGCGAUCGCCCUCGUAGAUAGCUGUCCCAGCCCGUUCGAUAAGGAGGCUCUUAGGUUCAAGAAAGGCGACAUCAUAGACGUGCUCUCGAUGAACGCAUCGGGCGUUUGGCGGGGCUACGCCAAUGGGCGCUUGGGACACUUUAAGUUUAUCAGCGUGGAGGUGUUGCCGGAUCUACCGACGACCGCGAUGAAAGGUUACGGGGGCAAGCUAGUCAGCCGGCACCGUUUGCCUACCAGCUGCCCGACGAGCGUAGAAGAGCUGCUGCUGCGGAUAGGUCUGAAGGAGUACACGUCGGUGUUUGUGCUUAAUGGGUACGAAGAUCUGGAGCUGUUCAAAGAGCUGGAGCCAUCCGAUCUGGACUAUCUGGGCAUCGGUAACACCGAGCAUCGGGCGAAGAUUUUAGCAGCCGUGCAACUGCUACACGAUCUUGAUUCAACAUCGGAUGGAGAUGUGGCCGGUUCGAGCUCGGAGAACGACGAAGGACUCCGCCUGAAUCACGUCAACAGCUGCACAGGCGCUGGAGUCGGAAUGGGAGGCAGCAGCGGCGGUAGUACGGCGACGUCAACGACGACGAGAGGCGGUGACCACCAAACGUCUCCGUUUGGCCGGCGGCAUUUUCCCCGCGAUUCCGGCUGCUACGAGGGCUCCCCCGUACCGUCGGCGCAGGGUUCGCACAACAAUCCCCAGCAUCACUAUCUGCUGCACCAGCAUCAGUCACAGCAGCAGCAGCACAACAAUGGCCACGGUUUGGGUCCGGGGCAGCAACAGGGUAUGGGACCACUGAUGGCACAUCCACACCACCACCAUCACCAUCAUUCCCACUCCGACAACGACACGAACAAUCUCGACUCGGUGGUGGCCCAGUGUUCGAACGAGAUCCUGAAGCGCGUGGAAUCGGCUCGUCGGUUCAACGGUUCCAUCACUACCGGUUCGUCGAAAACGAUGAAUACCCGCGGUGUGGCGAAGAAGGGUGGCCUGCUCGGGGGUGGCAGUGAUGGCGGCAGCAGUGGGGCGAUGGUCAUGAUGGGCGGCGGCAGCGUGACUGGUGGCAGUAGCGGUGGAGCGCUUAGCGAAAAGUCCAGCGACUCCGGCGUUAGCAGCAGCAGCCUUUCGUCCGGCCCCGUUAAGGGCAGUGGUGGGCUCUAA